AAAGGUAUCAACUUUUGUUCAUCUUUUUCAACAUUCGCAAAAUGGAGGAGAAAUAUGAGCCAUUAAAAGAGCUUGGUUCCGGGAAUUUUGGAGUGGCAAGGCUGGUUAGAGUUAAGAAGACCAAAGAGUUGCUUGCAGUUAAAUACAUUGAAAGAGGAUCAAAGAUUGAUGAAAACGUUCAAAGGGAAAUCAUCAAUCACAGAUCACUUAGACAUCCAAACAUCAUUCGGUUCAAGGAGGUUUUCUUAACUCCAACACAUCUGGCCAUAGUGAUGGAAUAUGCAGCUGGUGGUGAACUCUUUGGCCAGAUUUGCAAUGCUGGCAGAUUCAGUGAAGACGAGGCUCGGUUUUUCUUCCAACAGCUUAUAUCUGGGGUCAGCUACUGUCAUGCAAUGGAAAUUUGUCAUAGAGAUUUGAAGCUUGAGAACACUCUCUUAGAUGGAAGCCGGACCCCUCGUCUCAAGAUUUGUGAUUUUGGUUAUUCAAAGUCUGGCUUAUUGCACUCUCAACCAAAAUCGAAAGUGGGAACACCAGCGUACAUUGCCCCGGAGGUUAUAUCUCGUAAAGAAUAUGAUGGCAAGAUUGCAGAUGUUUGGUCCUGUGGGGUGACUCUUUACGUUAUGCUUGUAGGAGCUUACCCUUUUGAGGAUCCCAGAGACCCUCGAAAUUUUCGUAACACAAUCGGGAGAAUUCUGAGUGUUCAGUACUCGAUACCUGAUUAUGUGCGUGUUUCCAAAGAUUGUAGACACCUCCUUUCUCGUAUCUUUGUUGCUAACCCAUCCAAGAGGAUCACUAUAGAAGAAAUCAAGAAACAUCCUUGGUUUAAGAAAAACAUGCCAAAGGAGCUAGUGGAAGGCGAAAGAACAAACUAUGCAAACACAAGCAGUGAUCAAUCACUUCAAAGUAUCGAGGAGAUCAACCGGAUCAUACAAGAGGCUAAGACUCCAGGGGAAGGGUCCACAAGGAUUGGAAAAACAGUCAUGGGUGAGGGGUCAUCGGAUCCAGACGACGAUGAGAUUGAUUUAGACGACGAGAUUGAAACUAGUGGGGAUUAUGAGAUCAACUUUAAGUAUUAAGUUACAAAUACUAAGAUAUGUAUGUUGAAAGGUGUGUUUUGGGUUGUUAAUAGAGAAUUUUCCUUUUGUAUUCAUGGAUCAGUUGUUUGUUUACCAAGUUUGUGUCAUCUUUUGAAAA